GCGUCUCCAUCUCUGCUCUCCUCUUGUUUCCUUCCAUCCGAACCCAAACUAACCCCCGUCGCCUCCUCUUCUGGUUUAUAGGGUUUCUUCCCGGCCCCGAUCGUCGAACGGGCUGAUGGAGACCGAUUCGUGGAGCCGCUUCCUUGCUUCCUCCAAGCGUCGUCAAUCGGCUCUGCAAUCGCGAUAUGAUGCGCGCUUUGGGUCGGAUGAGAUGGAAGGAGGGGAGGACGAGUCCCGGGCGGAGUUCGCUUGUCCGUUCUGCGGCGAGGAUUUCGAUAUUGUGGGGCUUUGCUUUCACAUCGACGACGAGCAUCCGGUCGAGGCUAACAAUGGGGUUUGCCCUGUUUGUGCAGCUAGAGUUGGGACAGAUAUGGUUGCUCACACAACAACUGAACAUGCGAGUAUUUUUAAGAUACAGCGCAGGAGGAGAUUACGCAAAGUUUCCUCAGGAUCACACUCUACUCAUUCUCUGCUAAGAAAAGAUUUACAUGAAGACAACCUUCAGUCACUUUUGGGGGGCUCUUUUGUUACCUCCAAUUCUGCACCUGAUCCAUUGUUGUCAUCAUUCAUUUUUAAUUUGCAUGCAGUAGAUACAUCAGAUGGACAACCUGAAGCCUUGGCUGAAGAAACUUUUGCUGGCAAAGUUUCAGAUGAGAAAUUGGUGGAAAGAUUUCAUUUGUAUGGAGUACUGAAGUCACGGUUCUCUGGAAGUGUUGGCCAUGUGAACACUUGAGCGCUGUGCCUGCUCCAUCUUACUCGGACAAAAACCUAGAGGAGAGUAUUCUGAGGAGUGAGUUUGUGAGGCAGCUAGUGCUCUCCACGAUAUUUGAUGACGACGCAUGAUGUUGAGCAACAGCCAUGGUGGCAUCAGCCUUAGCUACGUUUCAAGAUAAACAAUCUGGACAUCCUUAGGUGGUCGCAAAGCGUAUGUCAAAAUUGAACAAGGUACUGGAUGCAUGGAGUGAUACAUAGGGUGGGUGCUUCUACAAGGUUGUACAUGAGACUGGAGCAUGGAAUUGGGAGUGUUUUGUGGACCUUUUAAUAUCUACCUUUUAGUGGGAUCCUUUGGAGAUUCUAAUAAAUUGUUGAAGUAUUUAUUGCUAUCUAUUUAAAAUAAAUAGUUUGAUGGCUUGUUGUA